AGACCAACCGGCCGGUUCGGUUUUUCAUGGCUAGUUAAAACCUAGGUCGCCUCCCUUCAUAUAUUUCUUUUCCUUUACAGACGUUAGCUGCUCCGCAGAAGUUGAGAGAUUUGUGGGAGACAGCAGCCCUAGAACUCCCACACUGCCAAAAUGGGUAUCUCUCGGGAUUCAAUGCACAAGAGGCGUGCCACUGGAGGAAAGAAGAAGGCUUGGAGGAAGAAGCGCAAGUAUGAGCUCGGAAGGCAACCUGCAAACACAAAGCUGUCAAGCAACAAGACAGUUAGGAGGAUUAGGGUUCGAGGUGGAAAUGUUAAAUGGCGUGCUCUGAGGCUUGAUACUGGAAACUACUCAUGGGGGAGUGAAGCUGUGACCCGGAAGACUCGUCUUCUUGAUGUGGUAUAUAAUGCAUCCAACAACGAGCUGGUUCGUACUCAGACUUUGGUGAAGAGUGCUAUUGUUCAGGUUGAUGCAGCACCGUUCAAGCAGUGGUAUCUCCAGCACUAUGGGGUGGACAUUGGUCGCAAGAAGAAGACUUCAGCUUCCACCAAGAAAGAAGGGGAGGAGGGUGAUGCUGCUGCUGCUGCUGAGGAGCUGAAGAAAAGCAACCAUGUCCAGAGGAAGCUGGAGAAGCGUCAACAGAAUCGCAAGCUUGACCUACACAUUGAAGAGCAAUUUGGUAGUGGUCGUUUAUUAGCUUGUAUCGCAGCAAGACCCGGUCAGUGCGGCCGUGCCGAUGGAUACAUCUUGGAAGGCAAAGAGCUUGAAUUCUACAUGAAGAAGAUCCAGAGAAAGAAGGGCAAGGGGGCUGGAGCUGCCUAAAAUUUUGUUACCCGAACUUCAUAUCAGAAUUUCUGUUUUGUUGGAAUUUGUUUCCUCCCCAUAGACAUUGAACUUAAAAGCUUAGGCGAACCAGUUUACGAGAAGCUUUUUGUCAUGGUACUUUUGACUUUUUAAUUGGAAUAUUGUCAUUGAUGACUUAAUAUUAUUAUUAGUUGUGCGAUUAA